UCACAUCCUCUGUUAAGUAACUGAAGUUGGAAAUACCAUCUCUCAUUAGAUCAUUCAAAGAACAAGGAACUGAGGCUAUGCCUGUGGCUUAGUGAGUGGAGCACCGGAUCGUAUACCGAGGGUGGUGGGUUUGAACCCGGCCCCUGCCAAACUGCAACAACAACAAAAACAAGGAACUGAGUAACUUGCCAUUAUUUUGAAGACAGUGGGAAGAGAACAUCUCAGAAGCAGGACUUUAUCCUUUGAUUUUUAUCGUAAAAGAAAGAGUGUUUGUGAAAAUCUACAACCUUUGGAGAACCGAGAACACUAUCCAAUCUCUUAUCAGUGUAUUUUGUGAACAUCGAGGGACAAUCCUCUAUGUGGAGCAAUUGAAUUGACUUCUGCCCUGACUGCGUCACACUUGGGUCGCACCUGGAUCUUCUUAACUCUAAAUUGUUGGCUUCCAUCUUCUAUCCUAAGCCAAAGGAUCACACACUAAAGUGGGAAAUGCUACUCAAGAUCUUUCAGCUCUUGGCUGUUCUUUCCUCCUUGUGUUCAGGUGUUAACCAGGAGACCAAAGCAGUGAAGGAUGACGUGUCAGUACUCUCCUGUAAUUACAACAUUUCUAUUGAAGAACUGGUGACAGGUCGCAUCUAUUGGCAGAAGAAGACUAAAACGGUGCUGAGUAUCAUCCAAAGAGAAAGAAAAGUGUGGCCCGGGUAUGAGAACCGGACGGACAUUGACAUCAUGAAUAACCUCUCCCUCAAGAUCCGGAAUCUGCGCCUGGACGACAGGGGAGAAUAUACUUGUGUCGUUCAGAAGCAGGUUAAAGGGUCUUACAAAAUAGAACACAAGACUUCAGUGAUGUUAUCAGUCACAGCUCACUUCCCUGAACCUAAUAUAACUGUCCUUGAAACUUCAUCUCCUAACCUUAGAAAACUAGUUUGCUCAACCUCUGGAGGGUUUCCAGAGCCUCACCUCUCCUGGUUGGAAAAUGAAAAGGAAUUAAACGCCAGGAAUACAACCAUUUCUCAAGAUCCUGAAACGGAGCUCUACGCUGUUAGGAGUGAACUCAGUUUCAAUGUGACAAGAAACCACAGCUUCACGUGUCUCAUCAAAUAUGGAGAUCUUACAGUGUCACAGACCUUCAACUGGCGAAGAUUCAAGCCAGAGCCUCCUCCUGAAAAUCAGCUCCCCAGCAAAUCGUGGACUUUUGCCACAUUCUCAGUUGGGAUUCCUGUGAUCAUUGCAGUAAUCACAUGCUGCCUGUUUUACAGUCCCACUUCCAUUUGUGUUUGACUUCUGGGAACGUCUUCAGAUGGCCAGGAUUACCGUACCCUGCCCUUUGUGUAUCUUGUUCUCUAGUUUCUUCACUUCAGUUGCUUUGCAAGAAGUGUCUAGAGGAGUAUGGUGGGCACAGAAGGAGCUCCAGUGAGCUUGCAAGAAGUUUUGAAACAGAGUUCUUUUUUUUUUUUUUUUGUAGAGACAGAGUCUCACUGUACCGCCCUCCGGUAGAGUGCCGUGGCGUCACACGGCUCACAUCAACCUCUAACUCUUGGGCUUACGCCAUUCUCUUGCCUCAGCCUCCCAAGCAGCUGGGACUACAGGCGCCCGCCACAACGCCCGGCUAUUUUUCUGUUGCGGUGUGGCCGGGUCUGGGUCCGAACCCGCCACCCUCGGCAUAUGGGGCCGGCGCCCUACUCACUGAGCCACAGGUGCCGCCCUGAAACAGAAUUCUUGAGGUCUGGAAAGGACUUCAGAGUAUAUUCGUUUCAUUAAGGACAAGAGCACUGAGGUCUGGAGAGAGAGGAGGGAACAAGAGAGAGAGAAAGGGGAGCAAGAGGAGGAAGGGAGUGACCCCAAUUACCAAGGCCAGAGCCAAACGCAGAGCGAUUUCCCUUCAUCAGUUUGACUCUGGCCUAUUAACACACACGUCCAUCAAAGUGUUUGUGGAAACAGAAUUUGUCCAACAUCAAGUCAACUUCAGAGACUUGGUCUGGUUUCCUAAUGUAAUACUGAAGAAGGAUUUUAUGCUGCUAUUUUUAAAAGCCCCGUGUAACAUGUGGGACAUUUGUCAGUACAUACAUCUACAUGAAGACAAUGACAAUGUCAUGGAUGUUUAGGCAGUAUUCCUUUUUUUUGAGACAGUCUCACUUUCUCAUCCUUGGUAGAGUGCCGUGGCCUCACACAGCUCACAGCAGCCUCCAACUCCUGGGCUUAGGCGAUUCUCCUGCCUCAGCCUCCCGAGUAGCUGGGACUACAGGUGCCCACCACAACGCCCGGCUAUUUUUUGGUUGCAGUUUGUCAGGGGCCCGGUUUGAACCUGCCACCCUCGGUAUAUGGAGCCAGCACCCUACCCACUGAGCCACAGGUGCUGCCCAGUAUUCCAUUUUUUUUAUUAUGUUCUCCUUUGUUGCUCUCCUACUUUCCCAUUAGGUGUGAGAGAAAGUAGAACUAUACAAAACUGAUUUCCUCUAACAUGGAAGAUUAGUGAUUUCAUACUACAAAACAAUAGUCAGGUUGGAAAGGGGCAGUCAACUGGCUCUAGUUUGACCCCACUUAUAAAAAUAUUUAUGAGCAACUUUUCAUUUAAAAUGAGGUAGUUUUUACUGAUUAUGUACUAAGCUGCAAGCUAUCUUAAAAUGUCUAAGGUGAUAGUAUUCCAUCGGGCCUCCUUAGAUCCUUAACACUGGUUUUCCUCUUUGGUAUUUUCUGGAUCUUUCUGACCUCAGCAGAGAAAUAAAAACAUAGAAAUAGCCAGUUGCUGUUCCUAUGUUAUUCAUGACUUUUUCUCUGCAACUGCCUUCUACAAUUCACUGGACUAGGAAUGAACCCAACUUAGACUGGGAUAAUCAGACAUUCUCAUCUGAAAAUAGGGAGUGGGAUACCAAACUUUUCAGAUAUGGACAUUCCUUAAGUUCUUAAUUUUGAUAGCCAUAAAUGCAGCUUAACUUAUUUAUAUAAAAAAAAAUACCUCCUUGGAUUUACUUUUAGAAGUAAAUCACAUAAACGGUGCUUUCAGAACUGAAGAUAAUGGAUUUGUAAGCACUUAAGAGAAAAAAAAACAUGUA